UUGCUUUACUAAUAACAGGGCCGUGCUAUGCAGGCGAGAUAUCAGCGUUUACCGCGACGACUUCUCCUUAUCCGGCAUGGGGAGUCCGAGGCGAAUGUGGAUCACACGGUGUACAGCACGAAGCCCGACUGGCGGAUUGAAUUAACCCCCAAAGGUCGCCAGCAAGCCUUUCAAUGUGGGCAGGAUAUUCGUCAAAUAAUUCGAAAUGAGAAACUUUACAUCUACUACUCUCCCUAUAUGCGCACCCGACAAACGCUCGAGGAGAUACGAAAAAGUUUGAGUGAGCUUCAGGUCCUUGGCGAGUGCGAGGAUGAGCGGUUGCGCGAGCAGGAGAUUGGAAAUUAUCAGCCGAUCGAAAAGAUGGACGAAACAUGGGCGGAGCGCAACCGAUACGGUCGUUUGUAUUACCGCUUUCCCUGGGGCGAAAGUGGCGCCGAUGUGGGGGAUCGGGUGUCGUGUUUUUUCAACUCCCUGCUUCGCACGAAUAUCGGAUUAACGGUGCCGAGUAUGAAUAAUCAUGAUAUGCGGAACUUUACAGAGUCGAUGGAGCGAGUGGGGGAGGCUUGGAAGGAGGGGGAUUUGAGGGCCGCCGCGAAGCCCGCUUCCGGGGGGGAAGGGGAUUCUCCUCACAAGGCGGAUGGUGGGGGUGUAUCCCCACCUCCUUUGGAGGAUUUAUGCGAUGAAUCCGACUAUGGGGUGAUGCCGCACACCUCCAUCGGGAACUACACCGCCGGGGAUCAGAACGUUGUAGUGGUUUCCCAUGGUUUGCUUAUUCGAUUGUUCAUUAGCCGGUGGUUUAACGUUCCAGUGGAGCUCACGGAGACCUUGGAUAACCCUCCGAACUGCUCGAUUGUCGUGCUGGAACGGAAAAACGACACCGAUCGUUUGGUGAUGACAGACGCCAGCAAGGCCCUCUUUGGGAAUGAUCCACGGCUGCAGUUGAUGAAGUUUGACGGCCAAGAGAUGACGAAGCUUUACCGGAAGAAAUUUCUCGGGAACAUGGAUCCGGAACGACGGGGAAGGCAGGGCGCGCUGGAGAAUGAUGAUAUGGGCCAUUAUUUUUAG